UGUAACAGGUGUGGCACUAAAAGGCGUUUAGUUCUCGGUAAAUCUUUAAUAUGAGUAGAAAUUUUAGUGUGGAAACCGUAUGUGUUUAAUUUGCAGGCACUGUUAGACUAUGAAGGCUUUAAUGGAACUAGGAAUGAAAUAAAAACUGAGUGGAUGAGGCACAAAAUUAAAUCUUGGCAUCUGGAAGCUUUAAACAGGGCGUCACUCCAUUAACCAGAUUGGAGGUAGUGGCUGUUCGAGUACGUGGCUGUUUCAGCGCUAUAGAGCAGUAAAAUGUUCGCAAAACUGAAGAAGAAGAUAGCAGAAGAGGCGGCGAUUGCUCCCAGGCCGGGAGGAGCUGCCAGGAUCCCCAGGUCUGGCAGCAAGGAGUCGGUCACCUCCGUGGGAGCAGACUCAGGAGACGACUUUGCUUCUGACGGAAGCAGCUCUAGAGAGGAUCUUUCAUCCCAGUUGUUCAGAAGAAAUGAACAAAUAAGAAAACUGGAGGUCAAGCUGUCUGAUUAUGCUGAUCAGAUCCGAAACUUGCAGAAGAUAAAAGAGAAGCUUGAAAAUGCAUUAGAAAAGCAUCAGGAUUCCUCCAUGAGGAAGUUCCAGGAGCAGAAUGAAGCCCACCAGGCCAGUCGGGCCAAGAUGGCUGAAGGAAUGGCUUUGGCCUUGGAAAAAAAGGACCAGGAGUGGAUGGAAAAACUGGGUCAAAUUGAAAAGGAAAAAAAGAUGCUUGAAACACAGUUACAAGAAAUGAGGGAGCAGAGUUUGAACCUUUUUCAAAAAAGAGAUGAAAUUGAUGAACUGGAGGGCUUUCAACAGCAGGAAAUUGCCAAAGUUAAACACAUGCUUUUGAAAAAGGAAGAAUCUCUGAGCAAAGCAGAGCAGGAGCUCGAGGCGCGCACUCGAGAGCUGACCCACGCCAAGGAGGAGCUUCAGGAUGCGAGAAACGAGUCGUCAGACCUCAGGAGAGAGCUGCAGGAGCUGCAGCAGCAGCUCUCGGGGCUGGAGGCACAGAGAGAUGAACUAAUGACAGCAGAGACAAAUGCAGAAAAUAAGAUCACUGCUCUGGAGUUAAGAGAACAGGAGCUACAAACUGUCAUUCAGCAGCUCUCUGUAGACUUGCAAAAUGCUCGAGUUGCUGGUUCUGGUUGUGAGAAGAGGCUGGAAGUGUUACAGGUGGAGCAUGAAUCUCUGAAGGUGGAAUACGAACAACACAAGCAAAAGACAACUUUUGAAUUUGCUGAGAGAAAUAAACUUACUGAGCAGCUGCAGGAAAAAGUGUCUUCCUUGGAAAAAAAGCUAGAAAGAAAUCUUUCGGGGGAUGAACACGUGCAGGAGUUACUCAAGGAGAAAGCUGCUCUUGAGCAGAAACUGGAUGAAACCAGGCAGCAGCUACUGGCAGACAGAACGCAUCACAGUGAGACUGUGAACCAAUUGGAAACACAGAAAAAAGAACUGGACCAAAAACUACAGAUUGCAACAGAAGCAUUGAAAAAGAGUGAAGAAGCAGCAGCUGAACAGGAGCUGAAGACGCAGAAGCUGCAAACUGAGCUGGAGGAUGAAAGACACAAACUACAGCAAGAGAUUUUAAGUGAGAAGCAGCAGUACGACCAGAAGGUUACUGGGCUGGAGUCUCAAAUUGCUGCUCUUGAAGCAGCUUGGGAAUUUGAUAAAACAGCUGCUCAGCACAGGAUUAGCCAAUUGGAAAAGGAAAAUGAAAAUCUUAAUGGAAGCAGAGAAGAGUAUGAGACUACUGUAAAAAAACAAGAGUCUGAAUUGAACAGGCUAAAGAGUGAGUUGAGCAGCAGAGAGACUGUCAGCGUGGAAAUUGCCAAAGCGUUGGAAGAAACACGGAAACAAAGAGAGGAAUUACAGGAGCAGGUUUCCCAUCUGACAUCCUUAGUAAAGGAAAAAGACCAGCUGAUUGAUGAAAAAAGCGAUAUGCUUCAAAAACAGAAAGAAGAACUAAACCAACUGAGUCAAGAGCACGAAGCUGUCUUGCUGCAAAUGCAUCAGCUGCAAUCUGAGGGGGAGGCGAGUAAUCGCCGGGCGGCGGAGAAAGAAGAAAUGGCAAGAAAGGAGAUUGAUGAACUGAAGUUGCAGAUCCAAGAGUGUCUGUUGGCCAGAGAACAGGAGAAAAAUGUUUCAGAACUAGAGGAAUCAACAAGUGUUUUGAACGACAAGCGUUGCCAUUCUCCAGAAAACCGUGGGGUGGAACAGAAUGGAGAGGUGGCAGCUGCAGACAUCAUUAAACUUCAGAAGGAUAACAGAGAGCUGGAACAGCAGAUUGCUGAGAAAAACAAGAUGAUAAAGCAGCUGCAGCAAAGAAUGGCAGAGCUCAAGAAAACCCUCCAGAAGGAGCUGAAAAUAAGGCCUGACAGUGAGGUACCUGAAGUACGUGAAAAAGCAAAUUCUGAAGUGCCUAAUGCUUCUGUGACUGUCACAAACAACUCUGAUUUAAAUGACUCAAGGGAGAUAAACUUUGAAUACCUUAAACAUGUUGUACUAAAAUUCAUGUCCUGCCGUGAAUCCGAGGCAUUCCAUCUAAUCAAAGCUGUAUCCGUGUUACUGAAUUUCUCCCAAGAGGAAGAAAACAUGCUUAAAGAAACUUUGGAGUACAAGAUGUCAUGGUUUGGGUCAAAGCCAUCUCCUAAAGGCAGUAUCCGGCCGUCUAUCUCGAGCCCAAGGACACUGUGGCCUUAAGGGAACCUGAAAACGGGCAGUCAGCAUCCAGCCACUUUUUUUCUGUGAAAAGAACGCUGAACACACUCCGUCAGGUGUGUCUUAAUCACUGUCAUUGCAGUAUUUUGUACAAGAACUUUUGACGCUGUUUACAAAACUAAUACUGUGCAAGGAGAAACUUUCACUACAAACUGAAACACCUCUCUGGGUUGGAUUUGGGGCCGUUGUCUCCGUGGUCCCAAGGCAGGUCGGCUCCUUGUGCUCGUCGCUCCCCCCUCUCACCGCGGAAAGCAAGCAAUGGGGAAAAAAACCAAACAUUGGGAGUUCUGUGCUGAGUUUCUGACGGUUGGAAAAGCCUUUCAAAGAGCAGGAGCUUUAACCAAAAAAAAAAAAAGAAAUCUGCCUUGCCUUGUUAUACUGACAGAACUAACACUUUGCAUUUUUUCAUAUCACUGUGUAAUUUAAGGUGCGUAUAUCCUGGCCUGCAGUCCCGCCGGCUGCGCGGUGAUGGUGAUUAUUUAAUUUGAGGGCACAACUUUAGAGUUGUCUGAUUUUACUUUUCUUAAAGAAAAAUAAUAUUUAAAAUGGUCUUAAUUAUAGUACCUAAUACUCAGUCGCCUUUAAAAUUAAUCUCUGAGCCUGUACCAUACGUUGUUAGCGGUGGGGAGAAGGGGUAGGGAACCGUUUUAAAUUUUUAAAGCUGAAUUCCAGGUAUUGUAAAUGCACACAGAGAAUACCUUUUAUUUAAAAAAAAGAAAAAAGAUAAUAAUAAUCUAGUGACAAAGGAUAAAGAAUAUUGGUACUAAACAUCUUGAUUUUUUAUUUUUUUCCUUCCAAGUCUGCUGGCAACAAAUCUUCCUAACCAGCAUCUGCCUCUUGGGCUGUGGUUUUCUCUCCUUCAAAUACCAGUGCUUAAAAGCUGUUAUGAACAUGUAGUGGGCUGUGACUGUGUCCUGGCUACAUGGUAGAAGAAAUGCUGCUCACGAGGUUUUUGGUUUUGAGGGCAAAAUUCAAUUCUUAAUGAAACAAAUGUUGGUUCCAGCAGCUCGCUUUCCUUCCCCCUUAAGAUAAGGGGACCAAGGUGGCACUUGCCUCACAGAGGGGGAGCACAGCGGUGCCCGUAGGGAUUAACAUCCCUGCAAAAUCCAGGUGGGAAUGGGAAGGAGCAGCAAGUCUGACUUCUUAGCAAUGGGACAUAUUUUCCAAAAUCUGCGUAUGUCUGGAAUUCGAGAGCAGGCUGCAGUUCUGGUAAUUCUCUCAGUGAGGCCUGUGUUACUAACAAUACUUGGAUUAAAUAUAGUCAAGAAAAUUCAGCCUGUCCCCUGGUAGAGCUGCGGUCACUGCUGAGGUUUUUAACUUUGCUUUGCUGACAGGGGUGUGAGUGGCCGUGGUGGCAGUGGAGGUGUAGUGUUAGAGCUGCAGCACGGGAGCUGCUCCCCCUGCCCAGCGCCCUCCUGCCGCGGUGAAGACGGAGGAGCCUUCCCCGGGAGGUCAGAGCUGCAGAGCCAGAGCCAGCUCCUUAAUCACACACAGGUACUCCCCGGCGCUGUCACCGCGGCACAAGUGACACUCCUCAGCUUAGAACUUGGUUGUAGUUAUUUAAAAUCAAGAAAACCAACAGGAUUUUUUUUAUUACACUAAACCUUAUCCCAGCCCCGUGUUCAGGAGCCUGAUCCGGGGCACUUAACGGUAGCAUAGGGAAGUUUAUGGGAAGAGUAAACUCUGCUCUAAUGCAAAAAUAGACAAUCAAAAAGUGGGUUCAUAUCAAUUGCUCUGGUACUGAAGCAAAGCAGGGACAGGAUUUUCUUCUCUAAGGUCUUUUUCUUGAGCGUGUCCCCCUGCCCUGGCCUGUGGGACAGGAUUCGCGCUGCCACCUGCCCAGGGACUAAUCGGUUUAUGUUGAUCCUGGCUUGAGAGGUUCCUGCUGAGCAGGACGGGGGCAGCACGGGCAGCCUAGAAUAGAGCAACAACGUAAAAUCUUAAACUGAAGUUGUGUUAGUGAAUAUGUAAUCUGAGAUCCCAAAGCUCAUACAGGAUCAACUUACCAUAAACUAGUUCUGAAGUGUUGAAUUUUCUUUAGAUAUCAGAGCAAGAAUGGUGUGUUAUACAUAUAUUAAAAAGCUAAUGCACUUUCCCUUGUAUAAAAACAGUGGUUAUACAUAGUCCUUUCUAUGGCCAUUGGAUUUCUUUCCUUCUAUGCUGUAAAUAUGGAUUGUAUUAUGAAACACUAUGAAAUUUGUGGUGCAAUACAUUUUGGAUCAAAACCCCAA